UGACUUGUGUUCCCCUAGGUGCCAGACUCUGGAGUCUGAAGGGCGUGGACAAGAUGGUGAGCUCUCUGUUGACAGGGACCCUGCGCUUUUCAACCCGUGCCCGGUGCACCUGGCCACCGCGCGACUGGCCCUGGGCAGGCAGGUGAGGAAGAGGAGAAACAGGUGUGGUGUGAAGUCCCACGACUGGGGAGCUGAGGGCACAGAAAGGACGGUCCAGAUUUCCACUGAGCACGGGACAGACACAGCCCCCGGAGAGUCCCCGGAUUACUGCCGGGGAUUCCUGCUGGGCCCCCUCCAGCGCGGUUUCAGAAGUUGUGAAACUACCGAGGCAACAGCCCGCCCAGGUCGGAGCUUCCGCCGCGAGGCCAAGAGGCGCAGAGCAGCAGGAUGGGGUGGAGGGGCCGUCCUUUCCGCUCAUUGUCUCCAAGCGGGCGGCGGCCAAAAACUGAAAGCAAAACCUUCCUGCCGGGCCCCGCCUCGUGGCCCGCGCCGUGAAUUUGGGCCCUGCCGGCAGCCGAAGGCGCGUCUCUCCUCCGCCAUGGCAUCGGGUUUGAAAGGCAAGGAAUCCAAAACUUCUGAAAGAACAGCUGCAGUUGCUGGUCAUUCAGUUGGCCUUUUUAAUGAUCAAUUACUGACCACAGUAGUGAAGACUCACUUCCAGGAUAUUAAGAAUGAAAGCAGAGUUGUUGAAAAUGUGAUAUAUCCAACAAGAACCAGGGGAGUUGAAAAUGUGACCUUCAAAGGAAAAAAAGGUACAGAGAAUGUCAACAGAAAACAGGAACACUGUCAGGCAGAAAAGUUUGGACCCUCUCAGUUCACAGACUCUCAUUUCAGUGAAAAGGUCUUCAGCUCUGUAAAAGCUAUCCUCGAUCUUUCUGUUUUUCGGAGUCAAGUCCCUCUAGAAAGUCUGGUAAUGGACCUGAAAAGGAAUAUCCCAACUUUAUGCUUCAGUCCUUUGGAACCCAAUGGAAGAAUCUCCAUUCAAGGAUCGUUUCUGGCUAUGCAGAAGCUCAAAGAAUCUUUGCUAUUAAAAGCAAGUUCUCUUUUAGAGAAAAACAGGAAUUUUAUCAAUAAGGAGAAAAGAUGGAAUAAGCAGAACUCCAGAAGGCAGCUCCAGAGAAGUAACUCCUUAGAGUCACUCGGGUCCUCAGUACCUGAGGCCACCAGGAGAGGAGAAACACUUGUUCUUGACACAGAUAUUUUCCUUUACCUCAAAAAGAGCAGAUUUUAUGAAAGCACACUGAAAAACUGUCAUGUUUUCUGUGAGGAAAGAGUGGAUGGUGCAAUUACCACAAUUUGUAUAAAAAAUGCUCAAGAAUGUUCUCAGCCAAACAAUGCAAAGGUUGUAAAAGCACUUUUUGAGGAAUAUUCACUUGCUCUUCACUUCGAGCUUAGAAAGGAGACACUUAUUUUGAAAAGAAAGGAGAGCCAAAAUAAAAGAAAUAUUAAGUUGGCAUGUGAACAACUAAGUUCAAGGUUCCCUCAGGUUCUGAUUAGUUUUUAUGACACACACAUUGACAUUAUAGGAUCUUCUUCUGACACAAACUUGUUUAAAAAAGAGGUCAUGAAAUUAAUAAGGUUAGACAGGCGAUGAGAUCUUAGCUGUAAUAAUGACAAUGGCAGUUGCUUUUCCUGAGUAGUGACGAUGCUGCGUCUGAUGCUGGCUUUACACACAUGAUCUUAUUUAAUCCUCGCAACCAUCCUUCAGUGUAGGCAUUACUAUCCUCAUGUUGUAGGGGAAGAACCUAGGACUUGGAGAGGUUAAAACUUUUGUCUGGAGUUAUCCAAUGGGCAAGGAAUGGGACUGGGGUUAAACUCGGCCUAUCUGACUACAAAAUGCUGGCAAAACUCUCUUGAGAAGGUACUUUGAUUGAAAGUACUUCUGAAGCAGGUAAUCAUUACUUAACUAAAUCUGAUUGGUACGAGGCUGCUGGACCAUAUGGGACAUUUUUAUUGUUGCUUAUUUAGCCUAAGUACAUACAUAAAAUGUUGGUUCUGUUAGAAUUAUGAAGAAUUACAAAGUAUAGUGUCUUUUUUCUUUAUUCCCCCCUUAUUUUAUAAUUGUAUGGUUAAAGUAAUAGCAUUUGAGGAAUAAAAUCAUGGGUGUUUCCUUAAAGAUGA